AUGUCUGGAUCAAAUCCUUUUCGCGUUAGACAGGGCAACCCCGAUGCAUUGUCUACCAACACAAACACUUUUGCUCCUGUUUUGCCCUCGAAGCCUCUAUCCACCCCACCGAUAGCCCCGAAUCGCUAUGGGAAAUCGUCGGGAUCACUCGAACGCGAGAUAGAUGACUCGAGCUCCUCGGACGAAGAGAUAAACCCAUUCAAUCCGGUGUCUACGAGCGAGACCGAGGACGAAAUCAGUGGGAACAAGAGCCCAGCUCCCCGUGAAGAUGAUCGACCAGAGUAUUUUGGGUCAGCUCCACACCCAGCUCCAUCAACAGAUGGAUCCCCCAUAUCCCCCGACCACAACAUGCGGUGUAGACAGCUCCCAUGCACGUCCUACAGCACAGCUGUCUCCAGAGCUCAAUGCAAGCCCCCCGGCCGAGCGAAAGACAAGAAGCCUCCGCCUCCGCCUAAGAGUCAUCACGGCCGCAGAAUUGGCUCUACAGCCACCGCAGAAUCCUCCCAGACCCCCCGGUCCCGGUCCACUAAUCGCCUGUCAAUUCAUGGCUAUGGGAAUGUGACACCCGGCGCCUUGCAUCCCAGCUCGGUGUCUCUAUCAUCGGCCGACUAUUUCUCGGUCCCUGCGGGAGUGACAGGGUCAACGGACUCGCUCCAGCGCAGCCAGUCUCAGCAUAAGCGUCCUCCAACGCCCCCUCUCAGUCGACGGCACAGCCAGAUGCGAAGAUCCAAGUCUACACAGUCCAAAACUAGCAGUCGAUUAACUAUGUCCUACGACUCGGAGAGCAAUGAUAGCUCUCUGCCUCCCAGUCCGGGUCCUUCCAGUCGGGCGCUGGAAAACAAGAGAAUCAGCAUGCCUCCGCCAUCAUCGGGAGACUUCCAGGCGACUGCCCCGCUGGGAGAUAUAUCGUUGAACCUAUCCCCCCACACUAACUCCAGACCAUCAUCCCUGAAGGCUGGGCGGCGGGCAUCGUCCUAUGGAAGUGUAUCGGGUGUCUCUACUGGACCUCCUCCGCCUCCUCCGCCUCGACGCACCCGAGACCCCAUUACCCGUAGUGAUGUGAUGGGUUUCAAGGAGAAUCAGACGCAAGCCCCACCCCCAUCCACACAACCAUCCAAUGCUCUUGAUAUCCUGGCCGAUCUCACCAGACUUCAGAAAGAGGUGGAUGAUCUCCGGGGGCAUUAUGAGAACCGGAAAGUUAGUGAUUGA